AUGAUAGCACCUUUCUGCUCUACCCCUCUGUCCCUCCAGUUCAUUUCUAUCCCAACCGGUUCGUCUUGGGGAAUUCCUUCCUUGUGGGAGCAGAGGUCUUGCUCGGACUGGGGCCACCCUGCCUCCUACUCCUUCACAGAUGACUCAGAGGCGUUCCCCGAGCUCUUUGCUUUCCUGGUGGGUGGUAACAGCGCAUUAGUCCGCUUGAUACCUAAUUUACCAUUUAUUCGCCACAGGUCAUACAAUUGGGUCCCAGAGACCUGGGGUCUCCUCCCCAAUUGGUUGGACAAUCCCGAGCCCUGUGCCCAGCGUAUUUACACGUCCAGCACACUAGCCCAUACCGGCCUGGCGUGGAUUUAUAGAAUCCAUACUGCAAGUCUCAUUCUCGUUUAUUCGGCUCUGCCUCCAAUUCCCAAUUUUCCACUACUUCUUCUUCUGGGUCCCGUGCCCCAACCUGCUCCUCCUUUUUCCUUAUCUUGGUACCCUGGGGUCCCUGGCUACGCUACCCCUUAUUCUGUCCCAAAGUCAUUCACUGUUGUGAGCUGCUUCAAUGGCCGCGGCCAGGGUGCUCGGUCCUUCCUUCAGGACGUCACCGCGCAGCUCCCUAACGCUCAACGCAUCCAUGUCGCCAACUCCGGGAACGCCAGUGCCGCUAGGCCCGCUAUUCUCUCUCCCAGAUCCUCCAUGGCUUCCUUAUCUCCCUGCCGGAGUCUGAACAAUUUCCUAACUGCCUCAAUGGCCGUGCUCUCACUGGCGUACUGUCGGAAUAGGGCAGACUUCAGCUCUGUCCACGUUAGGGUAGGGUUCUCCCUAUAUAGCCCUCCGACAUAUUUGGACACUGGGCCGGCCGCUUCUUCGUGUGCCAGCAGGACCAUCUCCUGGUCUGACAAGCCAUAUAUGACUUGUUUCUUUUGGAUCGACAGUAUCCAUUCCUGCAUCUUCGUUGGGUCGUCCCUAAACGAGGGCAGUUUCAUGCCUCCGAUUAGUCUGCGGAACCCCAUCAUAAUUUCGGGGACUCCCACCUCUCCCUGGUCAUCUGUGAUAUCUGAGCCCGCUACACUCAUCCUAACGCCUAAUUACGUUCCCCUUAUUCAACAAGAGACAACAAAAAAUAAGGAAAACUCGCCUCACACAAGAUCGACACUCCAACAGCAUGCAUGUGAAGAAAUCACACACAACAACUAUACACUGGCAGAUUUGCGUGCAACAAGCGAACCGAGGGCCAAAAAGGUGACUUACCUUUCUCUGCUCUAUGUUUUCUUCUUUUUUCCAAACCUUUCUGACCGAUAUCCCUUUUUUUUUUCUUUUUUCCGGGACAAGGAAUUGCGCUCCUCUCCCUCCAUGUCCCUGGUAAAUCUAUGGGUCGGAAUCCUGGAACAAGGCACCAAUUCUGACGUAGAAGCCCUGCCGGCUACAGCUCUGUCCUGUCUCUCCGGUGGUUCUGGCCGAAAAGUAAACCACCCGGUCCUCCCCCGGUGA